CACCCUGGGGAGCAGAGACCAUGGAGUCCUCUUCUCUACUUCUCUGCAAAGGGCUCCUGCUCACAGCCUCCCUCUUGACCUGCUGGAAUGCACCCACUACUGCCGAGCUCACUAUUGAAUUAGUGCCUCCCAUGGUGGCUGAGGGUGGCAACUCCGUUCUCUUUGUGCACAAAAUGCCGUUGAACAUCCAGGCGUUUUACUGGUACAAACAGAAAGACCCGACGAAGAGCUAUGAAGUCGCCCGGUACUUAACACCCGACAACACAACUUCGAAGAUGCCUCAACAGAGCGGCAGGAAAACGGUGUUCUACAGUGGAUCCCUGCUGAUCAGAAACGUCACCCAGGCUGACAGCGGAUUCUAUACCUUACUAACAUUUAACACGGAAAUGGAAAGUGAACUAACACACGUGUAUCUGGAAGUCCACAAGCCUGUGGCACAGCCCGUCCUCCAAGCAGACGACACCACAGUAACAGAAGGUGGUUCUCUGACCCUCACCUGCCUCUCAGAAGACCCUGGACUCUCCAUCCGCUGGCUCUUCAAUCACCAGAGCCUGUAUUUCAAUGGCAGGAUGGCGCUGUCCCAGAAAAACAGCCAACUCAGCAUAGAUCCGGUCAGGAGGGAGGAUGUCGGAGAGUAUCAGUGUGAGGUCUCCAAUGGGUACAGCUCGAAGACGAGUCUCCCAAUCCAAAUGUCUGUGACCAGUGAGUGACCUCUCCUCUCUCCAGGCGCCACAGUGGGGGUGUGGGGGGGAUUUCUUUGUCGAUGAUAUGGAAAAUGGAGAACCGUUCCAGGGGAAAAUCAUCAGUGCAGACAGCAAGACAGCCAAGCAUGAGGACACAGACCUGGAACCCCAGGUUAGACAUGAGUCAGGAGGAAUGUGAGCACAAGGUUAGGUUAACCAGCUAGAGUUACAAAGAGACACCCAAUCUCAAAAUAAAAUAAAAUCCAAUAUAGUCAGCAAAACUGCAAAGGGAUUAAUUAAGGGCUUAGGUUCUGAGUCAAGUAUGGCUAAUCCUCGAAAACCACGGGGAACUGAUUUCAGGAGCCCCUCAGACUUCUGGAUGUUCUGAAUCCCCUGUUAAAAAUGGUGCAGUGCUUACACAGAAGCAAACCUAUCCUCCCAUGAGCUCAAAUCAUUUCCGAUGCCCAACACCAGUGCUGCCGAGACACCGUCACCCAUGUGCAGCGAGGAAGAGCGACCGGAGAAGGGUCUGCCCCUGCUUCACUGAGCACACAGCCGCUUUCUGAAUACUUUGGAUUCUCAGUUUGUUCCACCCACAGAUGGAAAACCCAUGGUGUAAAGACCCAAUUGGACUGUCUCUAUCCUGAGAUUGGCAUUUACAGUGUGACCUUGGACACGAUUUUUAUUUUCUGUUAACGGUACUUGGGGUGUGUGUGAAUUUAAAUGGCUUCCCAUUUUAGCCAUUUUGAAGCGUACAGUUCAUUGGCAUAAAGCAUCGUUAUAUUGUUGUGCAAACACCACCACUGUCCGUUUCCAAACCAUUUCUAAACACAUUCCAUUUCAUGCAGCCCCUGAUAAUGGGCACUCUACUUCUGUCUCUAUGUAUGUGGUGUCCACCUUUUUUUGUUAGCAUCGUACAAAGUGUGAUCCUGUUCUCUCAAGCCAUUCGGUCGGUGGCAUGCUGCUGGCUGGAUAUCCAUUAAAGAGCAUCCCUGGUACGGUCGA